CAGAACGCAAAUUAUUCAUUUCCGGUUCCGAUUCUUUGUUGUUUGUGUUUGUAGCGUUUUUUUUUUUCCUUUACUCGUUUGGGAUAUGGAUGAUAAAAAGAAAUCAUUGAACACAGAAGAAGACGAAGACAGCGACAAUAGUAGAAGAGCAAGUAGACGAAAAAAAGCAAAAGUUGAAUACAAAGAAAUGGAUGAACAGUUGGCUAACAUAUCUGAAGAUGAAUAUUACUCUGAAGAAGAAAAGAAAGACAAAACAGUGGAGAAAGAAGUUAAAGAUGUGAAAGAAGUAAAGGAAGUGAAAGAGAAAGUAGAAAAACCUGCUCCAGUCAAAUCAGAAACUGAUCCAGAAAUUCCAGAUAAUGUUAGUGAAAAUGAUGACCCUACAGGUCUUGAGGGAGCAGCAUUCCAGAGUCGUGUCCCCUUUGAUAAGAUGACAUCACAAGAGGCUGCAUGUUUUCCAGACAUUGUUCAGGGUCCUCCACAGUCACAGAAAGUUUUCUUAUACCUUAGAAACAGAAUACUUCAGUUGUGGUUAGAUAAUCCUAAACAACAAGUCACAUUUGAGAAUGCACUUCCGCAGAUAGAACCUCCAUAUAAUAGUGAUGGUCCACUGGUAAUGAGAGUACAUGCUUACCUUGAAAGAUUUGGAUUCAUCAAUUUUGGAGUCUUCAAAAGAUUAAAGCCUUUACCUUCCAAAAAGCAUGGAAGAGUGAUUAUUAUAGGAGCUGGUAUUGCUGGAUUAGCAGCUGCUAGACAACUAAUGUCCUUUGGAAUGGAAGUUGUAGUUUUAGAGGCUAGAGAUAGAGUUGGUGGAAGAAUUGCUACAUUCCGUAAAGGGAACUAUGUCGCUGAUUUAGGGGCCAUGGUUGUUACUGGACUAGGUGGUAACCCAGUUACAGUAUUAAGUCGACAAAUCAACAUGGAACUACAUAAAAUUAAACAGAAAUGUCCAUUGUAUGAAACCAGUGGUGGAACUGUGCCAAAAGAUAAAGAUGAAAUGGUUGAAAGAGAAUUUAACAGACUUUUAGAGGCUACAUCUUAUUUAUCACAUCAGAUGGACUUUAAUUUGGUAAAUGGAAAACCAGCAUCCCUUGGUCAGGCAUUAGAAGUAGUUAUCAGAAUGCAAGAAAAACAUGUGAAAGUAAAGCAGUGUGAACAUCAAAAAAAUAUCAUAGAAAUGCAGGAAAAGUUAAAAAAGACUCAGAACCAGAUGUUGUCACUGAAAGACAAAAUAGAAGAACUACACAGACAAUGGAAAGAAGCUUCUGAGGUUAAACCACCACGUGAUAUAACAGCGGAAUUUCUUGUAAAGAGUAAACUCAGGGAUUUAGAUGCCUCAUGCAAGGAAUAUGAUCAGUUACAAGCCCAACAGAAGGAAAUGGAAGACAAACUACAUGAGUUAGAAGCCAACCCUCCAAGUGAUGUAUAUUUGUCAACACGAGACAGACAAAUUCUUGAUUGGCAUUUUGCUAAUUUAGAGUUUGCCAAUGCUACACCGCUGACGUUAUUGUCAUUAAAACAUUGGGACCAAGAUGAUGACUUUGAGUUUUCUGGCAGUCAUUUAACAGUGAGAAAUGGAUAUUCCUGUGUUCCAGUUGCCUUGUCAGAAGGUUUAGAUAUAAAACUGAAUACAGCUGUCAGGAAAGUGGUGUACACACCAUCAGGUGUAGAAGUAACAGUCAGCAAUGCUAAAAACAAUACAAAUUCUCAGACGCUGAAAGGUGAUGCUGUAUUAUGUACCCUACCAUUAGGAGUACUGAAGGAAUGUUUGAGGGGUAACAGUCUAAACAGUGUCCAGUUCCAGCCAGCAUUACCAGAGUGGAAAUCAGCAGCUUUACAGAGAAUGGGAUUUGGGAACCUUAAUAAAGUAGUGCUUUGUUUUGAUCGAGUAUUCUGGGAUCCUAGUGCUAAUUUAUUCGGACAUGUUGGUAGUACAACAGCCAGUCGUGGAGAACUUUUCCUUUUCUGGAAUCUCUACAAGGCACCAGUUUUACUAGCCUUGGUUGCUGGGGAAGCAGCAGCCAUUAUGGAAAAUGUCAGUGAUGAUGUCAUUGUAGGGAGAUCUAUUGCAGUUUUAAAAGGAAUCUUUGGUAAUAAUGCAGUACCACAGCCAAAGGAGACACUGGUAACCAGAUGGAGAGCUGAUCCCUGGUCCAGGGGAUCUUAUUCCUAUGUGGCAGCUGGUUCAUCUGGAAAUGACUAUGAUCUAAUGGCAACGCCUGUAUCUCCACAAGCUGGUACACUUCCUCGACUUUUCUUUGCUGGAGAACAUACGAUACGAAAUUAUCCUGCAACAGUACAUGGAGCAUUCAUGAGUGCACUGAGAGAAGCAGGCAGGAUAGCAGAUCAAUUCUUAGGAGCUCCUUACACACUGCCAUCAAUGAAAACAGAGGGUGCAAAAACUUGAACAAUAAUAAAAUUCAAUGUUUUGGAGGCAGCAAUAUUUGUUCAUGGACAAGGUUUAAACUGAUCUGAUCAAUGUGAAGUGUAGAGACAGUUACAAAAAUACAGCAAAAUGUAUCACAAUCAUUUGUCUUUUUUAUGUGUGUUGUACAUGUAUGGUCAGAUGUCGCAUUAAAGGAAAAUAUAAGUCUUU